UAACUGUUUUCUUCAAACAGGAAACCACUCCCAACCCCCAGCCCGCAGAAGAAGAGAAAACUGAACCAGCACCAAGUCAGGAGGUUGCCAGCCCUGAGCAGUAUAUUAAGCAUCCACUACAAAACAGAUGGGCACUCUGGUUUUUUAAAAAUGACAAAAGCAAAACCUGGCAAGCAAAUCUUCGUCUUAUCUCAAAGUUUGAUACUGUUGAAGAUUUUUGGGCUUUAUACAACCAUAUCCAGCUCUCUAGUAAUUUAAUGCCUGGCUGUGACUACUCGCUCUUUAAGGAUGGGAUUGAACCCAUGUGGGAAGAUGAAAAAAACAAGCGAGGAGGACGAUGGUUAAUUACACUAAACAAGCAGCAGAGACGAAGUGACCUGGAUCGCUUCUGGCUAGAGACACUGCUGUGCCUUAUUGGGGAGUCCUUCGAUGACUACAGUGAUGAUGUGUGCGGUGCUGUUGUUAAUGUUAGAACUAAGGGUGAUAAAAUAGCGAUAUGGACAACUGAAUGUGAAAACAGGGAUGCUGUUACACAUAUAGGGAGAGUAUACAAGGAAAGAUUAGGACUUCCUCCAAAGAUAGUGAUUGGUUAUCAGUCCCAUGCAGACACAGCUACUAAGAGCGGCUCCACCACUAAAAAUAGGUUUGUUGUUUAAGAAGACACCUUCUGAGUAUUCUUUCAUAGGAGACUGCGUCAAGCAAUCGAGAUUUGGGAGCUGAACCAAAGCCUCUUCAAAAGCAGAGUGGACUACGUUUAAAUUUGAUUUCCAUCUAAGUGUUGCUAAGAUUUGUGAGAAGUCUCAUUCGCCUUUGUCUUGUACUUCUGUGUUCAAUUCUUUCUAUUUUGGCUGAAGUAACCAUUACCAAUCAGAAUUUUAGUACACUUCAUACCCCCUCCCCCCAAUCCAUAAAUGUUUUUCUGGCCCACUCUGUAAUAGCUUGGUAGAAACAUUACUAUUACGGGGAGAGAAAAAAACAGUUGUUUAUCCACAGUAUUCAGAAAAGAAGUUGCAUUUCUGUACCUGCAGGAAAUUGCUCUGUUUUACAUUUGCAUUGUAUGCAGUAACAUUUUGCUGGUUUGAAAAAGAGUAUGGUGCAUACAGUUUUCUAGCAAUUUUUUUAUACAGCAUCAUCUUUGCUGUAACCUGUGCUGAUGGCUGCUAGAUUAAUUUAUUUGUUUUCCCUAUUUGGUAACAUUAGUGAUAUUUUGAUUUCAGUUGUUUUUGCUCAUGUAACAUUUGGUGAAGAAUCUGGGAAUAUGACAAAGGUGGAAUAAACAUUAAUUUUGUGCA